AUGGCCAAGGUUCUUCAAUGGGUGCUUGAUACGCGGAAGCUAUGGCCCGAAGCCUCCAAGACUGCCGAGCUGGAGCAUGUGGCCGCGCGCGCCAUGGAUCUACUACUAGACAGUGAACGCGCCGCCGUUCUCCGCUACUACCACGUCCGCGACGCCAAGCUCGCGCUGGGCUCCGCGCUCCUCAAGCGACUGCUCAUCGCGCAGCACACUCCCGGCUUGGCCUGGGACGCCGCCACGGCGGUGCGCGAUCCGCACACCAAACCCGUCUUCUACCACCCGGCAGGCUCGCAGCACCAGCCGCUGCUCUUCAACGUCUCCCACCAGGCGGGGCUGGUCGUGGUGCUGGCGGCCUACGGCGCGCCGGAGGGCACGCAGGUCGGCGUCGACGUCGUGUGUGCCGGCGAGCGGCGCGUCCGCGACCUCGAGUCCAUCCAGGCCGACGGGUGGUCCAAGUACGUCGAUAUGCACGACUCGGUGCUGUCGCCCGUGGAGGCGCGGCGGCUGCGGGAGCUGCCGCCGGUCGUGGAGGCCGGGGCCUACACGUCGGCGGCGGUCGCGGACAAGAAGCUCGCGUACUUUUACACGCUGUGGUGCCUGCGCGAGGCGUACGUCAAGAUGACAGGCGAGGCGCUGCUGGCGAGUUGGCUGGGCGACUUGGAGAUGCGUGGCUUUGCGCCGCCGGGGGAGACGCGCGAGGGUGGCGGCGGCGGAUUGGAAGUGUUUUUUGGAUCGGCCGGCGGGAAGCGCGUGACAGACGUGGACUUGCGGAUUGAGUGGUUCCUGGGCAAGGAAUACAUGAUUUCGACGUCGGUUCGCAACCCGCACCCCAGUGCGCCGCUGCCGCAGGGCAAGUUUGAGUUGUUGAAUCUCGAUGCUAUUUUGAGGCAGGCAGAGGAGCUCAAGGCUACGAGAUAG